CAGGUCCUGCCCCCCAGCCUUCUCUGUGUAGUAGUGAGUGAAUGAGGCGAGCCCUGCCCCUGUAGCAGCCUUCACACACACACACACACACACACACACACACACAGACGUACAGACACGUGGGCCUCUGGACGAGGAUGACAAUGGAAGAGAUGAAGAAUGAAGCAGAGACGACCUCGAUGGUUUCCAUGACACUCUACACUGUGAUGUACCCCGUCUUCCACGAGGUAAAGAGGAUUUGGUAGAGACUGGAUGUAGUGUUUCUUGAAUGGGACGUGUGAGUGGAGUGUUCUGUGGUCUUGUAAGGGUACACCCGGCUACAGCAGAAAUAACAUUACAGUGUAAUUACCCUUAGACUCUAGAGAGGGAUGGGGAGAGAGGGUGGUUGGGAUGGGGAGAGAGGGUGGUUGGGAUGGGAGAGGGGUGGUUGAGACUGGGGGAGAGAGGGUGUUGGGAUGGGGAGAGAGGUGUUGGAUUGGGAGAUCGCGGGUGGUUGGGAUGGGGAGAGAGAGGGUGGUUGGGAUGGGGCGAGAGAGGAGGGGUGGGUGGGUGGGAUGGGGGGAGAGAGAGGAGAGAGUGGUUGGGAUGGGGGAGAUGAGGGUGGUUGGUUGGGAUGGGGAGAGAGAGGGUGGUUGGGACGGGGGAGAGGGUGGUUGGGAUGGGGAGGAGGUGUGGUUGGGAUGGGGAGAGAGGGUGGUUGGGAUGGGGAGAGAGAGGGUGGUUGGGAUGGGGGAGAGAGGGUUGGUUGGGAUGGGGAGGAGGGUGGUUGGGGAUGGGGAGAGCGGGUGGGUUGGGAAUGGGAGAGGGGGGGGGGGUGUGGGAUGGGGAGAGAGGGUGUUGGUUGGGAUGGGAGAGGGUGGUUGGUGGUGGGCAGAGGGUGGUUGGGAUGGGGAGAGGGUGGUUGGGAUGGGGGAGAGAGGGUGGUUGGUGUGGGAGGGCGGGUUGGGUUGGAUGGGUAGAGAGGGUGUUGGAUGGGGAGAAGAGGGUGGUUGGGAUGGGGGAGAGAGGGUGGUUGGGAUGGGGACGAGAGGGUGGUUGGGCAUUGGGGAGAGGGGGGUGGUUGGGAUGGGGAGAAGUGGGUGGUUGGGGGGAGAGAGGGUGGUUGGGAUGGGAGAGAGAGGGGGGAUGGGAGAGAGGGUGGUGGUUGGGAUGGGGAGAGAGGGGUUGGUUGGGAUGUGGGGAGAGAGGGUGGUUGGGAUGGGGAGAGAGGGUGGUUGGGAUGGGGAGAGAGGGUGGUUGGGAUGGGGAGAGAGGGUGGUUGGUUGGUGGGAGAGAGAGGGUGGUGGUUGGGAUGGGAGAGAGGGUGGUUGGUGGGAUGGGGGAGAGAGGGUGGUGGGAUGGGGAGAGAGGGUGGUUGGGAUGGGGAGAGAGGGUGGUUGGGAUGGGGAGAGAGAGGGUGGUUGGGAUGGGGAGAGAGAGGGUGGUUGGGAUGGGGAGAGAGGGUGGUUGGGAUGGGGAGAGAGGGACAGGAAAUAAGUCUAGUCCUAUAAAACCCGUGUUGUGGAGAACGCGGACGGAAUCAAGGAAUCCAGACAUUAGAACGGAACUCAACAAUAUUCAAACGUAUUGAACUUAGUACGGAAUCAACGAAAUGUAUUGAACUUAGUACGGAACAAACAAAAUGUAUUGAACUUAGUACGGAACAAACGAAAUGUAUUGAACUUAGUACGGAACAAACGAAAUGUAUUGAACUUAAUACGGAACAAACGAAAUGUAUUGAACUUAGUACGGAACAAACGAAAUGUAUUGAACUUAGUACGGAAUCAACUAAAUGUAAUGAACUUAGUACGGAAUCAACUAAAUGUAAUGAACUUAGUACGGAAUCAACUAAAUGUAUUGACUUUAUUAAACAAUUCAUUAAUUUGUCCCAAGAUUAUCAUAAGACAUGAACAAAAGGCAUCAGUGAUUCAUAUUUUCCUUCGACUUUCUGAAGAGGCAAUGGCACAGCAAUGCCCGUCUGUGAGUGUAUGCGUGUUUGUCUACCACUAUGUGUAGACUAUCGAUGAUGCUCAUGUAAUGACAACCAUCUUCUUGUAGAUGGAAAGGCUUUCCCAAAAACCUUCUCAGUGAAAUGUAUAUGCCUACCUGGCAGAAUGAUGUCAUGAUUAUUUGCAUCAAUCCAGUAGCCAUUUGUUUUGCAAACUCUGCAUUCACAUGAGUGCUACAGAAACAUCGCUAACCCAAACAGUGGUCUCUGGCUGGGCGCUCACUUGAAUUAAAGGGUAACUACACCCCAAAAAUCAACAUUUCUUAGAUUUUUCCCAGACCUCAAAAGUGGCCUCCUGAUGUGGUUUAAGCAUUGUUGUGGACUUAGAACAUCCAAUUUUGUUGCUUUUCUUUUAAAACGGUGUGAUUUUUGAGAGCGAAAACCUGAACAAAAUGGGGGAAAAAAAGAAAAGCUAAAAAAACAGAAUGUCCUUGUGGGGACCCAAAACUUUUUUUGCCAAUUGUAAUCCUAAACCCAGCCCCUAAGUCUAAAAUAGCCUUUUUUCCUUGUGGGGACUGGUGAAAUGUCCCCACUUGUCCCCAAAUUCCAUGUUGUACUGUCCUUGUGAGGACUUCUGCUACCCACAAGGACAGUAAAACAAACCACACACACACACUUCAAUGCUGUUUGUGUGUACCAGUGUACUGGAUGGGGUUUCUGCUGUGUUAGCUAAUGAGAUGGAGUUCCAUGUAUGUAACUACUAGCUAUGCAGUUUGAAGUGUUUUCAUGUUGUGGUAAUUUGUAUAGCUGUUUUGUGAGAUGUGUAUAUAUGCUAUGUUAAUGAGAAGAUGGUAUCUGUAAGAAGUGUUUUGAUGCAGUGAUGUGUUUUACAGUUGGAAAGAGUGAACCUGUCGGCAGCGCAGACCCUGAGGACAGCGUUUAUAAAGGUAAGGACAUGGAGGGGCGGGGCAGCGUUUUAUAAAGGUAGGGACAUGGAGAGACAGAGCAGACUAGAAUGAUAAAUCUAUAACUCACAUUUCUAUGUGAAUUCGGUCGGGUCGCCCAAAAAGUUACAUAUUGACACUUGAAGUGUGUUUUGUGGUUGAUUAGUAAAGUCUGAUGUGUCUGCAUAUGUUCUGCGGGUGAAUGUCCAGUGUUUCCCCUAUAUUCAUUUUGCGCCGCUGCUAAAUCAUUGUCGCCACUCCAAAAAAUAUGAAUAAAUGUAUUUUAUUUAUUUAUAUAUACAUAUACAGUGAGGGGGAAAAAGUAUUUGAUCCCUUGCUAUUUUGUACGUUUGCCCACUGACAAAGACAUGAUCAGUCUAUCAUUUUAAUGGUAGGUUUAUUUGAACAGUGAGAGACAGAAUAACAACAACAACAAAAUCCUGAAAAACGCAUGUCAAAAAUGUUAUAAAUUGAUUUGCAUUUUAAUGAGGGAAAUAAGUAUUUGACCCCUCUGCAAAACAUGAGUUAGUACUUGGUGGCAAAACCCUUGUUGGCAAUCACAGAGGUCAGACGUUUCUUGUAGUUGGCCACCAGGUUUGCACACAUCUCAGGAGGGAUUUUGUUCCACUCCUCUUUGCAGAUCUUCUCCAAGUCAUUAAGGUUUUGAGGCUGACGUUUGGCAACUCGAACCUUCAGCUCCCUCCACAGAUUUUCUAUGGGAUUAAGGCCUGGAGACUGGCUAGGCCACUCCAGGACCUUAAUGUGCUUCUUCUUGAGCAACUCCUUUGUUGCCUUGGCCGUGUGUUUUGGGUCAUUGUCAUGCUGGAAUACCCAUCCACGACCCAUUUUCAAUGCCCUGGCUGAGGGAAGCAGGUUCUCACCCAAGAUUUGACGGUACAUGGCCCCAUCCAUCGUCCCUUUGAUGCGGUGAAGUUGUCCUGUCCCCUUAGCAGAAAAACACCCCCAAAGCAUAAUGUUUCCACCUCCAUGUUUGACGGUGGGGAUGGUGUUCUUGGGGUCAUAGGCAGCAUUCCUCCUCCUCCAAACACGGCGAGUUGAGUUGAUGCCAAAGAGCUCGAUUUUGGUCUCAUCUGACCACAACACUUUCACCCAGUUCUCCUCUGAAUCAUUCAGAUGUUCAUUGGCAAACUUCAGACGUCUCUGUAUUUGUGCUUUCUUGAGCAGGGGGACCUUGUGGGCGCUGCAGGAUUUCAGUCCUUCACGGCGUAGUGUGUUACCAAUUGUUUUCUUGGUGACUAUGGUCCCAGCUGCCUUGAGAUCAUUGACAAGAUCCUCCCGUGUAGUUCUGGGCUGAUUCCUCACCGUUCUCAAGAUCAUUGCAACUCCACGAGGUGAGAUCUUGCAUGGAGCCACAGGCCGAGGGAGAUUGACAGGUCUUUUGUGUUUCUUCCAUUUGCGAAUAAUCGCACCAACUGUUGUCACCUUCUCACCAAGCUGCAUGGUGAUGGUCUUGUAGCCCAUUCCAGCCUUGUGUAGGUCUACAAUCUUGUCCCUGACAUCCUUGGAGAGCUCUUUGGUCUUGGCCAUGGUGGAGAGUUUGGAAUCUGAUUGAUUGAUUGCUUCUGUGGACAGGUGUAUUUUAUACAGGUAACAAGCUGAGAUUAGGAGCACUCCCUUUAAGAGUGUGCUCCUAAUCUCAGCUCGUUACCUGUAUAAAAGACACCUGGGAGCCAGAUAUCUUUCUGAUUGAGAGGGGGUCAAAUACUUAUUUCCCUCAUUAAAAUGCAAAUCAAUUUAUAACAUUUUUGACAUGUGUUUUUCUGGAUUUCUUUGUUGUUAUUCUGUCUCACUGUUCAAAUAAACCUACCAUUAAAAUUAUAGACUGAUCAUUUCUUUGUCAGUGGGCAAACGUACAAAAUCAGCAGGGGAUCAAAUACUUUUUUCCCCUCACUGUACAUAUAUAUAUAUAUAUAUAUAUACAUAGUACCAGUCAAAAGUUUGGACACCUUCUCAUUCAAGUUUUAAAAAAAAAAACUAUUUUCUACAUUGUAGAAUAAUAGUGAAGACAUCAAAACACAUAUGGAAUCAUGUAGUAACCAAGAAAGUGUUAAACAAAUCAAAAUAUAUUUUAUUUUUGAGAUUCUUCAAAUAGCAGAGCCUGAUGUGUGUUCUGGGGUUGAUUAGUGGCCCUGUGUAGCUCAGUUGGUAGAGCAUGGCUCUUGCAACGCCAGGGUUGUGGGUUCGAUUCCCACAGGGGGGCAGUAUGAAAAUGUAUGCGCUCACUAACUGUAAGUCGCUCUGGAUAAGAGCGUCUGCUAAAUGACUCAAAUGUUAAAAAAAAUUAGCAGAGCCUGACGUAUCUACUCUGUGGUUGAUUGUCAGGCUGAGAGGGAGAACCCAGGGCUGACCCAGGACAUCAUCAUGAAGAUCCUGGAGAAGAAAAAAGUGGAGGUCAACUUCACAGAGGCUCUACUGCGCAUGGCUGCAGACGACGUGGAAGGUGUGCGUCUGUCUCUGUCUGCUUGUGUGUCUGUCUGUCUGUUCUGCAGUGAAUAACCUAAGCCUAGAAGAUGUUGGGUAUUGUGCCUCUGUGUACAGUACCGUCUGUCUCCUCAGGAUGGCACUGUUUCUCCACUAAUAAAACAGCCUCUCCUGUGAGCCAUUUCUUCCCUCCAGGAUUUAAUUUUCUCUCCUGCAUGGCCUGAUUGAUGGUAGUAAUGAAUUUUUGUGCACAGCAUGAAAAGCUCAGCUAUAGUUACACACACACACACACACACACACACACACACACACACACACACACACACACACACACAGUCACACAGUGAUGAGAGCGUACUUGCUCCUGUUUGAAUACUAAAUAUACAGUGCCUUCAGAAAGUAUUCAUACCCCUUGACUUAUUCCAUAUUUUGUUACAUUUAAUACAUCUACACACCAAUACAGACAAAGUGAAAACAUGUUUUUGCAAAUUCAUUUAAAAUGAAAUACAGAAAUAUCUAACUUACAUAAGUAUUCACACCCCUGUGUCAAUACAUGUUACAACCACCUUUGGCAGAGAUAACAGCUGUGAAUCUCUAAGAGCUUUCCACACCUGGAUUAUUAUUUUUUAAUUCUACAAGCUCUGUCAAGUUGAUUGUUGAUCAUUGCUAGUCUUGCCAUAGAUUUUCAAGCCGAUUUUAAGUCAAAACUAUAACUAGGCCACUCAGGAACAUUCAAGGUCAUCUUGGUAAGCAACUCCAGUGUAUAUUUGGCAUUGUGUUUUAGGUUAUUAUCCUGCUGAAAGGUGAAUUUAUCUCCCAGUGUCUGUUGCAAAGCAGACUGAACCAGGUAUUCCUCUAGGAUUUUGCCUGUGCUAUUCCGUUUUAUUUUUAUCCUAAAAAACUCCCCAGUCCUUGCUGAUGACAAUCAUACCCAUAACAUGAUGUAGCUACCACCGUGCUUGGAAAUAUGAAGCAAGGUACUCAUUGAUGUGUUGUGUUGGAUUUGUCCCCAACAUAACAUGUAUUCAGGGCAUUUGCCAAAUUUUUUGCAGUUUUACUCUAGUGCGUAAUUGCAAACAGGAUGCAUGUUUUGGAAUAUUAUUAUUCUGUACAGGCUUCCUUAUUUUCACUCUGUCAUUUAGGUUAGUGUUGUGGGGUAACUACAAUGUUGUUGAUCCAUCCUCAGUUUUCUCCUAUCACAGCCAUUAGACUCUGCAACUGUUUUAAAGUCACCAUUGGCCUCAUGGUGAAAUCCCUGAGCGGUUUCCUUCCUCUCCGGCAGCUGAGUUAGGAAGGACACGUGUCUUUGUAGUGACUGAGUGUAUUGAUACACCAUCCAAAGUCUAAUUAAUAACUUCACCAUGCAUAAAGGGAUAUCUUUGUUUUUUACCCAUCUACCAAUAGGUGCCCUUCUUUGCGAGGCAUUGGAAAACAUCCCUGGUCUUUGUGGUUGAAUCUGUUUGAAAUCCACUGCUCGACUGAGGGACCUUACAAUUAUCUGUAUGUGGGCUACAGAGAUGAGGUAGUCAUUCAAAAAUGAUUUUGAAUGACUGUUAUUGUACACAGAGGGAGUCCAUGCAACUAAUUAUGUGACUUGUUAAGCACAUUUUUACUACUGAAAUUUAUUUAUUUAGGCUUGCCAUAAAGGGGUUGAAUACUUAUUGACUCAAGACAUUUCAGCUUUUCAUUUUUUAUUAAUUUGUUUUAUUAAAAUGUGGAAAAAGGGCUACUCUACAGUGGUACCUUUUUCUAACUUUCCACACAGUCACAGUACACAGACGGCUCUCUGGGUGGGGCUGUUCUGUUAGUGCCUCUGGAAUGCUCUCUCUACAUUCCACCACCUCCUUGUUGACCUGUCCGUCUCCAUGGUGACUGAGGCUGUCUUCCCGUGUGUGUGUGUGUGUGUGUGUGUGUGUGUGUGUGUAGAGUUCAUGAUUGACAGACCAGAGCAGGAGUUCCAGGACUUGAAUGACAAAGCCCGGGCACUCAAACACAUCCUCAGCAAGAUCCCAGAUGAGAUCAACGACAGAGUACGCUUCUUACAGACCAUCAAGUCAGUACCCAUACACACAUACAUACACACACACACACACACAGAAUUUAUUUGCAAAUUAUGGUGGAAAAUAAGUAUUUGGUCACCUACAAACAAGCAAGAUUUCUGGCUCUCACAGACCUGUAACUUCUUCUUUAAGAGGCUCCUCUGUCCUCCACUCGUUACCUGUAUUAAUGGCACCUGUUUUCAGUAUAAAAGACACCUGUCCACAACCUCAAACAGUCACACUCCAAACUCCACUAUGGCCAAGACCAAAGAGCUGUCAAAGGACACCAGAAACAAAAUUGUAGACCUGCACCAGGCUGGGAAGACUGAAUCUGCAAUAGGUAAGCAGCUUGGUUUGAAGAAAUCAACUGUGGGAGCAAUUAUUAGGAAAUGGAAGACAUACAAGACCACUGAUAAUCUCCCUCGAUCUGGGGCUCCACGCAAGAUCUCACCCUGUGGGGUCAAAAUGAUCACAAGAACGGUGAGCAAAAAUCCCAGAACCACACAGGGGGACCUAGUGAAUGACCUGCAGAGAGCUGGGACCAAAGUAACAAAACCUACCAUCAGUAACACACUACGCCGCCAGGGACUCAAAUCCUGCAGUGCCAGAAGUGUCCCCCUGCUUAAGCCAGUACAUGUCCAGGCCCGUCUGAAGUUUGCUAGAGUGCAUUUGGAUGAUACAGAAGAGGAUUGGGAGAAUGUCAUAUGGUCAGAUGAAACCAAAAUAGAACUUUUUGGUAAAAACUCAACUCGUCGUGUUUGGAGGACAAAGAAUGCUGAGUUGCAUCCAAAGAACACCAUACCUACUGUGAAGCAUGGGGGUGGAAACAUCAUGCUUUGGGGCUGUUUUUCUGCAAAGGGACCAGGACGACUGAUCCGUGUAAAGGAAAGAAUGAAUGGGGCCAUGUAUCGUGAGAUUUUGAGUGAAAACCUCCUUCCAUCAGCAAGGGCAUUGAAGAUUAAACGUGGCUGGGUCUUUCAGCAUGACAAUGAUCCCAAACACACCGACCGGGCAACGAAGGAGUGGCUUCGUAAGAAGCAUUUCAAGGUCCUGGAGUGGCCUAGCCAGUCUCCAGAUCUCAACCGCAUAGAAAAUCUUUGGAGGGAGUUAAAAGUCCGUGUUGCCCAGCGACAGCUCCAAAACAUCACUGCUCUAGAGGAGAUCUGCAUGGAGGAAUGGGCCAAAAUACCAGCAACAGUGUGUGAAAACCUUGUGAAGACUUACAGAAAACGUUUGACCUGUGUCAUUGCCAACAAAGGGUAUAUAACAAAGUAUUGAGAAACUUUUGUUAUUGACCAAAUACUUAUUUUCCACCAUAAUUUGCACAUAAAUUCAUUAAAAAUCCUACAAUGUGAUUUUCUGGAUUUUUUUUUCUUCAUUUUGUCUGUCAUAGUUGACGUGUACCUAUGAUGAAAAUUACAGGCCUCUCUCAUCUUUUUAAGUGGGAGAACUUGCACAAUUGGUGGCUGACUAAUUACUUUUUUCCCCCACUGUACAUGCAUACAGAAAUGUUUUUGUCAUUUAGAAAUGUCCUUGUUUUUGAAAGAAAAGCAAUUUUUUGGUCCAUUAAAAUAACAUCAAAUUGAUCAGAAAUACAGUGUAGACAUUGUUCAUGUUGUAAAUGGCUAUUGUAGAUGGAAACGGCUGAUUUUUAAUGGAAUAUCUACGUAGGCGUACAGAGGCCCAUUAUCAGCAACCAUCAGUCUUGGGUUCCAAUGGCACGUUGUGUUUGCUAAUCCAAGUUUAUCAUUUUAAAAGGCUAAUUGAUCAUUAGAAAACCUUUUUGCAAUUAUGUUAGCACAGCUGAAAACUGUUGUGCUGAUUUUAAAGAAGCAAUAAAACUUAUUGAGACUAGUUGAGUAUCUGGAGCAUCAGCAAUUGUGGGUUCGAUUACAGGCACACACACACACACAUUCUGCUACUGAUAUACCAGAUAAUACGGCUUGUUAAAAGCAAACCCGAUUAUGACCGCUUAUUUAAUGCGUCUAAAAUAAUCAAAUGUGAGAACAGUUUGUGUCUCUGUGUCAUGCUCAAAUAGGCAUAUGCUGCUUUCUGAAUAUAUAAAAAUGAAGAAAAACUCUCAAAAUUCCAAUGCUUCUUUCUUUACGAAUUCCGACAUACUGAUUAAUUCAAUUAAGGUUUUAAUCAAAACUUAAUCUCUAGAUAAGUUAAUGUGAACCCUAUAAUUAUUUUAAUUCAAUAAUUCCCGCUGUCCAUGAUUGCAGUAGCAAUAUGGGUCUUGCCUGUCUUUGAAUAUGAUGUCAGAGUUCAUUCCUUGAACACAUUAUUUAUAGGAGUCUUCUAAAUGAGAACUUGAAGAGCGUGUGAGCUGGCCAAAAACAAAUAACUUUCUUUUGAAACUCGUCAGUCUAUUCUUGAUCUGAGAAAUGAAGGCUAUUCCAUGCGAGAAAUUGCCAAGAAACUGAAGAUCUCGUACAACGCUGUGUACUGCUCCCUUCACAGAACAGCGCAAACUAGCUCUAACCAGAAUAGAAAGAGGAGUGGGAGGCCCGGUGCACAACUGAGCAAGAGGACAAAUACAUUAGUGUCUAGUUUGAGAAACAGGCACCUCACAGGUCCUCAACUGGCAGCUUCAUUAAAUAGUACCCGCAAAACACCAGUCUCAACGUCAACAGUGAAGAGGCGACUCCGGGAUGCUGACCUAGGCAGAGUUGCAAAGAAAAAGCCAUAUCUCAGACUGGCCAAUAAAAAUAAAAGAUUAAGAUGGGCAAAAGAACACAGACACUGGACAGAGGAAGAUUGGGAAAAAAGUGUUAUGGACAGACUAAUUGAAGUUUGAGGUGUUCGGAUCACAAAGAAGAACAUUUGUGAGACGCAGACCAAAUGAAAAGAUGCUGGAGGAGUGCUUGAUGCCAUCUGUCAAGCAUGGUGGAGGCAAUGUGAUGGUCUGGGGGUACUUUGGUGGUGGUAAAGUGGGAGAUUUGUACAGGGUAAAAGUGAUCUUGAAGAAGGAAGGCUAUCACUCCAUUUUGCAACGCCAUGCCAUACCCUGUGGACGGCCCUUGAUUGGAGCUAAUUUCCUCCUACAACAGGACAAUGAACCAAAGCACAGCUCCAAACUAUGCAAUAACUAUUUAGGGAAGAAGCAGUCAGCUGGUAUUCUGUCUAUAACGGAGUGGCCAGCACAGUCACCGGAUCUCAACCCUAUUGAGCUGUUGUGGGAGCAGCUUGACCAUAUGGUACGUAAGAAGUGCCCAUCAAGCCAAUCCAACUUGUGGGAGGUGCUUCAGGAAGCAUGGGGUGAAAUCUCUUCAGAUUACCUCAACAAAUUGACAACUAGAAUGCCAAAGGUAUGCAAGGCUGUAAUUGCUGCAAAUGGAGGAUUCUUUGACGAAAGCAAAGUUUGAAGGACACAAUUAUUUUUUUCAAUUAAAAAUCAUUAUUUCAAACCUUGUCAUUGACUACAUUUCCUAUUCAAACUCAUUUCAUGUAUGUUUUCAUGGAAAACAAGGACAUUUCUAAGUGGCCCCAAACUUUUGAACGGUAGUGUACAUACAUACGCGCACACACACACACACAUACACAUGCUCACAGACCUCCCAGCACACCGUCAGUGAUGUGAUUCACAUUUCACAAGCACACACUCUCCAAAAACACACACACUCCAAAAACACACACUCUCCGAAAAAAAAAUUAAUUAUCUUGGUCCCACUUACUUUCCAAUGUAACACUGUCUCAAGUUAGCACACACACAGGCCCGCACAAUUAUUCUCCCACACACUUGUUCUUUCAGGGGUUGUUUCUGUCUUGGCUAACUCUGCCAGUUUUCUCGUAUUCCAUUUGUGUUUGUUGAGUCACUCUCUCUAAGUAACUUACUCAGUGGAAGAUUUAGAAAAAAUCUAUCUGGAACGAAGUUGAAAAACUUUUCCCCAAUUUGCUUUAUGAAACUGCAGUAUUUAAAAGUAAAGGGGGGAGAAGAGGGUAGGGAUGGAGGAGAGGAGAAGACCAAGAGUGAGUAAGAGAUUCUAGAAAGGAGGGAGGGGGUGAUGGAGUUAAAGAAGAGGUGAGAGGGUGCAAGAUGUCUGACUGCUGUUGGACUAAGGAGUGAGAGGUGAGAGGGUUCAAGAUGUCUGACUGCUGUUGGACUAAGGAGUGAGAGGUGAGAGGGUGCAAGAUGUCUGACUGCUGUUGGACUAAGGAGUGAGAGGUGAGAGGGUUCAAGAUGUCUGACUGCUGUUGGACUAAGGAGUGAGAGGUGAGAGGGUUCAAGAUGUCUGACUGCUGUUGGACUAAGGAGUGAGAGGUGAGAGGGUUCAAGAUGUCUGACUGCUGUUGGACUAAGGAGUGAGAGGUGAGAGGGUGCAAGAUGUCUGACUGCUGUUGGACUAAGGAGUGAGAGGUGAGAGGGUUCAAGAUGUCUGACUGCUGUUGGACUAAGGAGUGAGAGGUGAGAGGGUUCAAGAUGUCUGACUGCUGUUGGACUAAGGAGUGAGAGGUGAGAGGGUUCAAGAUGUCUGACUGCUGUUGGACUAAGGAGUGAGAGGUGAGAGGGUUCAAGAUGUCUGACUGCUGUUGGACUAAGGAGUGAGAGGUGAGAGGGUUCAAGAUGUCUGACUGCUGUUGGACUAAGGAGUGAGAGGUGAGAGGGUUGCAAGAUGUCUGACUGCUGUUGGACUAAGGAUUGAGAGGUGAGAGGGUUCAAGAUGUCUGACUGCUGUUGGACUAAGGAGUGAGAGGUGAGAGGGUUCAAGAUGUCUGACUGCUGUUGGACUAAGAAGGAGUGAGAGGUGAGAGGGUUCAAGAUAUCUGACUGCUGUUGGACUAAGGAGUGAGAGGUGAGAGGGUUCAAGAUGUCUGACUGCUGUUGGACUAAGGAGUGAGAGGUGAGAGGGUUCAAGAUGUCUGACUGCUGUUGGACUAAGGAGUGAGAGGUGAGAGGGUUCAAGAUGUCUGACUGCUGUUGGACUAAGGAGGAGUGAGAGGUGAGAGGGUUCAAGAUGUCUGACUGCUGUUGGACUAAGGAGUGAGAGGUGAGAGGGUUCAAGAUGUCUGACUGCUGUUGGACUAAGGAGUGAGAGGUGAGAGGGUUCAAGAUGUCUGACUGCUGUUGGACUAAGGAGUGAGAGGUGAGAGGGUUCAAGAUGUCUGACUGCUGUUGGACUAAGGAGUGAGAGGUGAGAGGGUUCAAGAUGUCUGACUGCUGUUGGACUAAGGAGUGAGAGGUGAGAGGGUUCAAGAUGUCUGACUGCUGUUGGACUAAGGAGGAGUGAGAGGUGAGAGGGUUCAAGAUGUCUGACUGCUGUUGGACUUAUUGUCCACAGAGAUAUCGCCAGCGCCAUAAAGGAACUCCUGGACACAGUCAACACUGUCUUCCGAAAAUACCAGUACCAGAACCGACGGGUGAGAACACACACACACACACACACACACACACACCAAUUAAGACAUCUGCUCUUUUCUUUCUCCCUCGGCUAUCAGCAGAGUUUGAGACAUUCUUGUGUUUUUUCCUCUCAAUUAUCUUCUAGAAGCGUUAAAAGCGUCUGUUGUUUUCCCAGGCACUGGAACACCAAAAGAAAGAGUUUGUGAAAUACUCCAAGAGCUUCAGCGACACACUUAAAACAUACUUCAAAGAUGGAAAGUAAGGAAACCUCAUCACGUCCUCUUUCAUGUUCUACCCUGCUUUUCUCUUCCAUGGCCUGUACAAUAUGUCACCCAUCCUGGUUUACAUCUGAAUCAUGUAGAGCAGUGUGUCCCAACUCCAGUCCUCCAGUACCCUCAACAGCCCAACUCCAGUCCUCCACUACCCCCAACAGCCCAACUCCAGUCCUCCACUACCCCCAACAGCCCAACUCCAGUCCUCCACUACCCCCAACAGCCCAACUCCAGUCCUCCACUACCCCCAACAGCCCUCCUCCAGUACCCCCAACCGUACACAUUAUUGUUGUAGCCCUGGACAAACUCACCUGAGUCAACUCAUCGAGGGCUUGAUGAUUAGUUGACAAGUUAAAUCAGGUGUGCUUGUCCGUGGCUACAACGCACAUGUGUUCCACUAAGGGGCUAAUGGGGGGCUUAGCCCCCUCAGUUUUAGUUGUUUGUCUCUAUAUAAAAAUAGCAAAAAAAGUUUGAAUGAUUGAGUGACAUGUUUGUGCGAAAUCUGUAUCUCUGUUGUGCUGUGUCCGCACCAUGGACAGAGCAUGCCGUGGAGUGUUUGUGUGUAGGGGAGGCUAUUUAAAGCCACUGGGCGGUUAGGUAUGAAUCCUUUGGGUUUCCAUAAAAAGCGGGAAGAAACACUGCUCAUCUGUGGUAAGCUACGUUUAAAACACGAGACACCUCCGCAUGUACAGUGGGGGGAAAAAAGAAUUUAGUCAGCCACCAAUUGUGCAAGUUCUCCCACUUAAAAAGAUGAGAGAGGCCUGUAAUUUUCAUCAUAGGUACACGUCAACUAUGACAGACAAACUGAGAAUUUUUUUUCCAGAAAAUCACAUUGUAGGAUUUUUAAUGAAUUUAUUUGCAAAUUAUGGUGGAAAAUGAGUAUUUGGUCACCUACAAACAAGCAAGAUUUCUGGCUCUCACAGACCUGUAACUUCUUCUUUAAGAGGCUCCUCUGUCUUCCACUCGUUACCUGUAUUAAUGGCACCUGUUUGAACUUGUUAUCAGUAUAAAAGACACCUGUCCACAAUCUCAAACAGUCACACUCCAAACUCCACUAUGGCCAAGACCAAAGAGCUGUCAAAGGACACAAAUUGUAGACCUGCACCAGGCUGGGAAGACUGAAUCUGCAAUAGGUAAGCAGCUUGGUUUGAAGAAAUCAACUUUGGGAGCAAUUAUUAGGAAAUGGAAGACAUACAAGACCACUGAUAAUCUCCCUCGAUCUGGGGCUCCACGCAAGAUCUCACCCCGUGGGGUCAAAAUGAUCACAAGAACGGUGAGCAAAAAUCCCAGAACCACACGGGGGGACCUAGUGAAUGACCUGCAGAGAGCUGGGACCAAAGUAACAAAGCCUACCAUCAGUAACACACUAUGCCGCCAGGGACUCAAAUCCUGCAGUGCCAGACGUGUCCCCCUGCUUAAGCCAGUACAUGUCCAGGCCCGUCUGAAGUUUGCUAGAGUGCAUUUGGACAAUCCAGAAGAGGAUUGGGAGAAUGUCAUAUGGUCAGAUGAAACCAAAAUAGAACUUUUUGGUAAAAACUCAACUCGUCGUGUUUGGAGGACAAAGAAUGCUGAGUUGCAUCCAAAGAACACCAUACCUACUGUGAAGCAUGGGGGUGGAAACAUCAUGCUUUGGGGCUGUUUUUCUGCAAAGAGACCAGGACGACUGAUCCGUGUAAAGGAAAGAAUGAAUGGGGCCAUGUAUCGUGAGAUUGAGUGAAAACCUCCUUCCAUCAGCAAGGGCAUUGAAGAUGAAACGUGGCUGGGUCUUUCAGCAUGACAAUGAUCCCAAACACACCGCCCGGGCAACGAAGGAGUGGCUUCGUAAGAAGCAUUUCAAGGUCCUGGAGUGGCCUAGCCAGUCUCCAGAUCUCAACCCCAUAGAAAAUCUUUGGAGGGAGUUGAAAGUCUGUGUUGCCCAGCGACAGCCCCAAAACAUCACUGCUCUAGAGGAGAUCUGCAUGGAGGAAUGGGCCAAAAUACCAGCAACAGUGUGUGAAAACCUUGUGAAGACUUACAGAAAACGUUUGACCUGUGUCAUUGCCAACAAAGGGUCUAUAACAAAGUAUUGAGAAACUUUUGUUAUUGACCAAAUACUUAUUUUCCACCAUAAUUUGCAAAUAAAUUCAUUAAAAAUCCUACAAUGUGAUUUUCUGGAUUUUUUUUUUUUUUUCAUUUUGUCUGUCAUAGUGGAUGUGUACCUAUGAUGAAAAUUACAGGCCUCUCUCAUAUUUUUAAGUGGGAGAACUUGCACAAUUGGUGGCUGACUAAAUACUUUUUUCCCCCAGUGUAAUAUUUCAUUUUGAUUUGUAAGGAUGGGGUCAGGUUCACAGUUGAAUCUGCUUCACUCAACUCUGCCUCACCACUACAGAGUUCAGGUAAAAGGCUUUAGUGUUGUUAGCCUAUUUAGCUCUAACCAGCUAAUCUGCCACGAUGGAUAUCAGAAAUCAGACCACCAAGGCCGCCGCCAAGCCAAGCAGCAAUCAUGCUGCCGAGCUCCGCGUGAAUAGCCCACCCCCCUUUCCACAAUUUCCGCCAGGAUAAUGGCUCCACAGCCCCCUCAGAGGAGACAGCCCAGGUUAGCGUAGAAUCCUACCCUAGCCGCAGGUUUUCUGUCCAAAAAUGUUCCUUUUAAUAGCAACUGGUUCAUAGGAAGAGAGUGGCCGGAAUACUCGGUUACUGCAGAUGGGACGUUUUGGUUCCCAUGUCUGUAUUGGUCCAAUGCUAACGCAGACGAGGCCUUCACCCAAGGCGGUAUUCUAACCGGAAGCAUGCUAUUGAUAGAACCAAAGGAUUCUCUAGGCAUCAUCAAGCGAAGAGCAUUUGAAAUGCACUGUACUACCCUAUCUAUCUUGUUGCCCGUAUUCAUUGCCAAAUAGACUUUGCUCUACUGUGUAGGCUGCUGUCCAUUGGGCUGAUGCAGAGGAGAUGGGUUACAGAUUUCAUGCCAACCUGAAACUUAAAAAGCACUCAAUGGUCUUGAUUCUCAGCAUUUUAACUUUGUUUAUUGUGGUAUAGCGUGAUAUAAGCAGAAUUCAAUAUAAUGAUUUGUUUAUUGUGGGGACCAGUAUGAAAAAAAUAAUAAUAUGUAUGCACUAACUGUAAGUCGCUCUGGAUAAGAGCGUCUGCUAAAUGACUAAAAUGUUAAUGUGUACUGCUUAGUAGAACAUGUGACUGUGUGGCAGAAACAAUACUUGGCAUUUUCAGGGUGGUUUAAUAAUUUGAAUUACCAUUCACUGUGAAAUCACAUUUAGGGUUGAUUCUCUGAAGCCUGACAUUUCAACAGAUCAAAGCACUGUAUCAAUCCCAGUGUUGCCAUGGUUUCCUGUGACUGACACUGCCUUCCAUGUGUCUCUCUCUGUCUCAAUUGUUUCCAGGGCGAUAAACGUGUUUAUCAGCGCGAACAGGCUCAUCCACCAAACCAACCUAAUACUCCAGACCUUCAAGACUGUGGUAUAGAUGGGGUUAACCACACUAACCCAGGCUUUUAACAGAGAAUAGGAAACCCUUUUAAAUGUACAAUGUUAAGAUUCUGUUUCUAGGACUGUAUAAUUUGUAAGUCUUGCUUCAAGAGGGGGAUCAUUUAGAGUUGCAGGUGGCCAGAUUAUAAUUGCCAGCGAUGUAUUUUUUUUUUUUUUAUUGUAUUUUUUUUCACCACGAUCAUGCUAUCACCACAGAGUAUCUUAUAUAAAAGCUCCCCCCCCCCCCCCCCCCGCACCUUCUCUUUCUUGCACUUUCACUCUCUCUCACUCUGUCCAUGUGGAAGCCAAAAGACCGGGCCUUAACGUGGCCAUGGAGACAUUCCUUAAUGGAUGCUAAAUGGAUCAUACAGGGGAUGAUUUCUGUAUUUCGAAAGUUACAAAUCUUGAAAACUUGAUUGCAAAACAUUUUGGGACUAUGACAAUAUCAACAAUGGACUAAUGAAAC